CAUUCCACUCGACUCGUCGGACCAUCCUACAUACGGUGUUUUAAUUACUCGAAGAUGCUUGAAGUACAGAACCAAGUCAAAAUGCAGUCACUCAAACACAAAUCAACGGUUCCAGCAAUAAAUUUACCAGUGCUGCUAGAUCGCAUGAUUAGAAGGAUAACUAGAGAAGGACAUUUGUCAGGUUUUACAGACGAACAAGUGCUAGCAGUAUUAGAGGAGGCAAAGGCUUCUUUGGAACCACAACCAGCAAUGCUGGAACUUGAUGCCCCAAUUGUUAUUUUCGGUGACGUUCAUGGACAGCUUAGAGAUCUAUUGCGGUUCUUCACCAUAGUCGGGCCUCCGCCUCAGAACAAGAUAUUGUUUCUCGGAGAUUAUGUGGACAGGUGCAAAAAAUCGCUCGAGGUUAUAAUGCUGUUGUUGUGCUACCGUGUCAAAUACCCCAACCUCAUCCAUCUUCUUCGUGGCAAUCAUGAAUGUUCAAAAAUGAACAGACUGUACGGGUUUUAUGAAGAGUUGCGAAGGAAAAGGAGCGUCUAUCUGUGGAAGAAAUUUCAGGAGGUUUUUAACGAAAUGCCUCUUUGUGCCGUUGUAGGCAAUCGGUUACUGUGUAUGCAUGGUGGAAUUUCACCUGACAUCCAUAGCUGGGACUCCCUACAGACACUGCAGAAACCGAAAACGCCUCGUGCCUGUGAUGAAGGAGUCGCGGUCGACUUAAUGUGGUCAGACCCUUCAACAGAUUCAUGCACAGGGUUCCAGUUUAACACGAUACGAGCUACUUCGUACAUUUUUGGUGGUGAUACCAUAGCUAACAUAUGUCAGUUGUUAGAUAUCGCUAUGAUUGUCAGAGCACACGAAGUGGUGAAGGACGGCCACCAAUUUCUUUUCGACAACAAACUCAUAACCAUAUUUUCUGCUCCAAAUUACUGCGGAACCGAUGGAAAUGCUGCAUCUGUGAUGAAGGUCACAAAAGAUUUUGAGAUCUCUUUUGUCACCCUGAAACCUCGUUUGGAUACUACUCGCUUGAGUGAGGAAAAGCGAAGGCUACUCGAGAAACUGUCUGUUGACGCAAAUGCUAAGAGUCCAGAUCCAUGUGCUCGCCAACCAUCGGAAAAUCCGAAAAAAACACCAAACAAUGACGACUGCCUCAUAGGUCCCGUGAACAUUUUUGGAACAAAGAAGACGGAAAGUUUGCGAGAGGAGCUGAAGAAAGACAGCCUUCGUGGAGAGCUAAAAAGUCAAUCGUCCGACAGUAGUGCUGGAGAGGGUGAGAUCGUGCCUGCUGCUCCAACCGUUAAGCCUGAUGAGCAGAAGUCGUCUGCUGGAGCGAGCGAAACUAAAAAUUCAGCCGUUCUGGGCCCUAUCGAGCCGCUAAUAAAACCACCAAUAGUAGCAGAAGCAGCGUUGAAUGAUAGUACCAAGGUAAUGGACGACAAAGACCUGCCUCUUCCCGAUUCAGUGGUGCAGAAACCGCAUAAAAAUGUUUCUGCCAGCACAAAGGCAGCUAGUCCGAAAAGGCGUUUGUCAGCUGUGAUUCCUUUAACCGUGAAUCUUGGACCGGACACUAGUGCUAGUGCAAACAAGACGACUCUUCCCAGCAAGAUACCUCAACCUAGUCCGCCUAGCAAAAGGGAAUUUCCCGCUGCCACCUUGCCUGUCCAGAAGCCAACUAUAUUACCAAACAGCCCAUCAACGAAGACGACAUCAACCGCGCAGACGUUGACUUCGCCACGAUCUCCUACCGUGACGACCAUUCCGUUACGACCUAUGGCGGCAGUCAAGAAUAAACCAACUGUGGUUAUGCUUUCGCCACAGAAUGUUUUGAACACAUCGAAGAAGUCAAACAGCAAUGAGGCCGGAGCUAGUAAUUUGUCCUCACUUUCCGAUGACGCUACGACGGCUAGAGUUCCAUCGCCAGUCACAGCAAGGUUGCCUUCAUCAUUUCAACCGAGAAGUGUUGAAGAAGCCGCAAAUGCGGCGAUAGCAGCCACGAAACUGCCUCAGCAACCGAAGAAUCCUAACGAAAUUAUCAUUGCUACCGAGAAGGCGCUAAAGUCGCCUGCAACGAUAUUGCCGAAAAAAUGAAAAGUCUACAGUUCCAACAAUCUUAGACAAUGUAGGCAUCAAGUUCGUACUAAUUUUGAAUAGACCAUUUUG